AUGGAUCACUCACAUCAACAUUUCCAUAACCAAAUGGCCAACCUCGCCAAGCGUCAGGACGUCAGUACGGAUGGAGGCACCGUCUACUCAGUCGUGUAUGUGACUGCUGAACCGACCUUUACUGGCGUUAUUGGCGGGUUUACUACUCUCACUGAUGAGACCGCUGCCCCUACCGAUACCCAGACCUCAGUACCCAUCGAUUUUACCACUGCCCCUACUGAAACCGUUGUCGGACCAGCAACUACGUCAACACCAGAACCAACUUUGUCCAGUCCCACGAAUUUCUCCAAUGCAAAUACUAGUGUCGAUACUUCUGUGGCCCCUGCUGCUGCUACGGGCGGUUCUUCUGCCAACUCUGCUGCUUCUUCGAGCUCCUCGAGUGAAGGCAUGUCAACAGCGGCCAAAGCCGGCAUUGCUAUUGGUGUUAUUGGUGUCGUGGGAGUAGUUGCAAUCAUCCUCCUAUGGCUUCUCGGCAAGAAGAAGAAGCAGCGUCAAGCACUCGACAACAAAGACAAUGAGAAAUCUGGCUAUGGUACUGGUGCCGCUGCUGGCACUCCUCCUACAGAGAUGCUUAACAGGAGCCCAACCAAUGCAACAGCCCCUCGCCUGAGUCUCCGCCCUGUUUCACGAAUGCUCCCUGAAUUCAUGGCUCCUGCUAAAGGUCGAUUGAGCAGUGGAAAUAUGCUCAACACCAUUGGUGAGGGACCUGCUCAGAAGAGGAACCUGUCCCCAUCGCCUCAGCCUCGUGAUCCCAGUCCUUCUCACCAACGUCCUCGAGAGAAUCCCUUUGCAGAUCCUCAAAACCCCUUUGCGGAUCCUGAGAAGCCGGUUCAAGCACCAACGCCUUUGUCCCUCUCUUCUGCUGUCACAAAACCCGCGCCACUUCUUCCCAUGGCUGCCACCAUUGUACCUGCUGCCACCGCGAUUUCUUCGCCCGCUGCGGUCACCGCUUCUCCUCAAAUGGCCCAAGUCGAGACUCCCACACCCCUUCGCUCUCAGGCUCCAGCUCCAGCUCCAGAACCCAUUGCCAUGCAAUCUGCCGUCCCUGCUUCAAUUCCUUCGACACCUGUUACUCCUGGUCCAGUAAUUGCGACGGGUCCGGGUCCCGAAUCCGCUCAAGGCAAUGUAUAUCGCGUUAUGAUGGAUUUCAAGCCUUCGAUGGAAGACGAGCUCGAAUUGGUUGUCGGACAAUUGGUUCGUAUGCUUCAUGAGUAUGAUGAUGGAUGGGCUUUGUGCAUUAAACUCGACCGAUCUCAACAGGGCGUUGUUCCACGAACCUGUUUGGCUGCUAAGCCAUCCAAACCCAAGCCAGCUCAUUUGAAUCAGUAUGCUCGUGGUAACGGCGCCAAUAGCCCUCAACCAAACCGUCCAAUCCAAGGCCCUGGAAGUCCUAUGUCUCGUCCCAUGUCCCCUGCCAACGGUGGACCGCGUUCCGGUAUGCCUCCAUCACGCCCAAUGAGUCCUGCAGGUCGUCCCGGUCAACGCCCAAUGAGCCCCGCCGGUAGACCAGGCCAACGCCCCAUGAGUCCGGCUGGCAGACCAGGUCAACGUUCCAUGAGCCCAGCUGGAAUGAACUCCCCGCGAGCCAUGAGCCCCGGCCCCUACAACCAAGCACCUCGACCUCUUUCACCAGGGCCUCGACAGUCAAACCGAAGUAUGUCACCGGGUCCAUAUGGAGGUCGUGGCGGUCCACCUCCAAUGGGUGGGACCAACUCUCGACGACGAAGCAACUCCGCCAGCGCUGCGAACGUUAGAGACCGCCGAAACACUCCCCCAGGCCCUUCGAACCUGAGGCAGGGCACAAGCUCACAAGGACCAGGGAUUGCGCUGUAA